ACUCCAUCGCCCCAUUCUCCACUUUCCUCUUCCUUUCACGUCAGAUUGCUUUUGCCUUUGUUUGGGUCUAAUUCUCGCGUCGGCAUCCAUGUCUUCCAAUACCAUCCCAAGCGUAGACGAAAUCUUAUCUGGUCAAUUGUGCCUUGGCAAUUUGCCUGCGGCUACUUCCUCAAAGCUUCGCAAGGAGCUCGGCAUCACGCAUGUUCUUUCUGUCUGCCCCGACUACCCCUCGACGGGCGACGCACACCAUAUGACCGUACCCGUCAACGACUCAGAGUACGAGGACCUCCUGAUACAUUUCCCCGAGACGUGUCGCUUCAUCGAGGACGCACUAGCCGACGGAGGCAAAGUCUUGGUGCACUGUGUCAUGGGGGUGUCCCGUAGCACGACUGUCGUGACUGCGUACCUAAUGAAGAGCAGGCUCCUGUCUUCCUUGGAUGCCUUGCAGCUCAUCAGGACGUGCAGACCCCAGGUGCAACCUAAUUACGGCUUCCGCAAACAACUAGACACCUUUGCCGAUUGUCAAUAUUCUCCUAGCGCGUCACAUCCAGCGUAUCUAUCGUGGAAGCGGAAGCACAAGCAAGACGUUACGAACUUCCUCAAUCAGAUCGUGGACACUGUGACUAUGGUGCCGAAUGCCCUGUUCCUCAACAGUGACUUGCCUACCGAGCCCUAUCAAGCUGAACUGCUGCUGUACGAAUUGAAUGUGACGCAUCUGCUGACGCUAGCGCCGGCGGACAUUUCCUUCCCGACGACGGGUCUGGUGUGCCGACACAUCGAUGUUUCUCCCGAAGCACUGGAGGAGUUCCUGUUUACGCUCCCCGACACUUGUGCGUUCAUCAGUGAUGCUAUUGCCGGUGGCGGGCGUGUUCUGGUUCACUCGCAGGUCGAGGCCAGAGCCUGCACUGCUGUUGGCGCGUACUUGAUGAGUUCCCAAAACCUGACACCCGAAAAGGCAGCAGCAGCCAUCUCGGCUGCACUUCCCCUGUUUGAGCCGACCACGAACUUCAAGCGGGCCUUGUCGCUCUUCCGUGCCUGCAAAUACUCUCCGACCCCAGAUCACCCGGCGCUGGAUGACCACAAGGGUAAUUCGGGCUACGUGUCCUGGGGAUCGUCGCCGGCGUCUUCCAAUCCCAGCUCCCGUCGUCCGAGCGGGUUCGCCGCGCAGGACGCGGACCUGAUGAUUCGGAAGGCGGCUGCGGUGAUGACUGACAGCGGGAUCGAUAUGAAGGCGUUUGGGGACGCGCUGGUCUCGAUCCAGGCUAAGCCCAGCCUGACCCGCGCCGCUGCAUGAGUGACAUGUAGACCAUUCCCCCCCUACCUCGACACUUGACUGACUGUGCUGCCUUUUGACAAUUCCGUACAUACAUACAUACAUACUCUAGAGAAGCUGGUUUCGAUGGAAACCGAGUAUUAGAACGUCCCUAGUCCAAUAUGUGCUCGACGCGUUCCGUAAACGGAUAUGUCAAGAAGUACAUACUUAUGUUGAAGUGGGAAAUCCGAACCCAUCAUGAGGCAUGGUAAGUAGGCGACCGAAGGUCCUGUCGACAGCGACGACGAGUUGUCUUCCUCGUCACCAAGGAAGCUGAUCAUGAGGGUCAUCAAGUUUUGCAACAUAACAGCAAGUGCUGCUCAUGGGUCGGCAACUGGGCACUGGGCAGCCGCGGUCUCUGCGAGAGGAUACUUGGCGUCCAUGAUUGUAAGACGCUAGCAAACAGAUCCAGUAGGUCAGAUAUCACACAUUUCACGUAGAUGGCGAGAAAGUGGCGUCCCGAGUCUGAGCAGGACCGAAGAGAGCGCGUCCCUCUCCUAUUGUCGGAGGGUCAUAUGUCCUCGGCGCUUUGGGUCGCUCGGUCAACUGAUCAAGUUACGCCACG